ACAAGACGCUGUCAGCAGCCCGGCAGCUGAGUGCUGUACACAGAUGUUUGAAAACACAGGCUGAGUAUAGUGGGAAAAGAAGAAGAGCAUGUUAACCAAGGUCCUUGAAUCACCAAGAGGAAAAGACUCUGACCAGACCGGAUAACAACAUUCGGGACCCAAAACUUUUGAUUAAAGUUUCAGAUGAACGGCUGCCAGCUGUGGGACCCGAGGAUGUGGGCAUUGAUGGGAGCAGUCUGUUUAUGCCAUUGUGUUCUUGGGCAGCUGUUGGAGGCCAAGGUGAAAGAAGCCCAUCCCCGUUUGAUAUGCAGUGCUCCGGGGCUACCAGGCUUGCCAGGCAAACCUGGUCCCAGUGGGCCCCCGGGGGCAGAUGGGUAUGUGGGGAUCCCAGGAAGGGACGGCAGAGAUGGCAGGAGGGGUGACAAAGGAGAAAAGGGAGCUACAGGGUUAAAGGGGAAGGUCGGUCCAACAGGUAAAAUUGGGGAGCGAGGGAAUCGGGGUCCUGCAGGAAAACGAGGCCCCUCAGGAGAGAGAGGAGAUGUGGGUCUACUAGGUCCUACUGGGCAGAAUGGAGAGAAAGGUGGCAAGGGUGAGCGAGGUCCACGGGGAACUGCGGGAAUCUGCAGGUGUGGAAGCCUAGUGCCUAAAUCAGCCUUUUCUGUGGGAAUCACCAACAGCUAUCCAAAAGAGUUGGUUCCUAUCAAGUUCAAUAAGAUUCUGUUUAAUGAGGGCGGACACUACAACCCACAAACGGGCAAGUUUAUCUGUGCAUACCCAGGCAUCUACUACUUCUCCUAUGACAUUACACUGGCUAACAAGCACCUUGCUAUUGGGCUGGUGCAGAAUGGCCAGUACCGUAUCAAAACCUUUGAUGCUAACACAGGAAAUCAUGAUGUGGCAUCUGGAUCCACUGUAAUUUUCCUGAACCCUGAGGAUGAGGUGUGGCUGGAGAUUUUCUACACCGACCAGAACGGCUUGUUUGCUGACCCGGGCUGGGCUGACAGCCUGUUCUCUGGCUUCCUCCUCUAUGCUGACACAAACUACCUUGAUUCACUUGCAGAGGACUAUGCAUAAACACAUGGGAUAAAAGUGACUGUUCUUUGCAGACUUUAUUCGGCUUAAAUUGUAAUAUCACCUGUUAGUUUUUGUAUGCUAGCUGUACUAUUUUGGCAUGAAAAUAUAUAUUUGUAUGA